CGCGUAAGUCGGUGUUUGUCGAAAGAGGAGAGGCGCCGACUGCCAGACUUCCCUUCCAUCCACACUCACACGCUUAGAAAAUUAUAAUUUAUCGGCCAAGGUUAAGGUCGUCGCAUAUCGUUCGCCACAACCGGUGAAGCUCGUCAGUUGGCGUCGAUCCCCGUCGUGUGCGAUUGUUUGCAUCGACUAGUUUAGCGUACAUAGUGUCGUUCAAUUCGAUUGAUAAGUCGAGGAUCAUCGGGUGCAGCAAUGUUGCGGAAGAUCGGACAGUGCUUGAUUCUGGCGCUCCUGAUUGUUCUGAUAGCUGACCAGGUCCAAGGAAAGAUCCUAGCGAAAUGCGACGCCGUGAAGGAACUUGAUAAGGCCAAAGUACCCAGGAGUAUGAUCAGCAAUUGGAUUUGCCUGAUGCAGAGCGAGAGCAAGAUGAACACGUCGUUGAUCACCGGUCCUAAGACGGCUUCCAGUUACAGUUAUGGAAUCUUCCAGAUAAACAGCUUGAAGUAUUGCUCCAGAGGACACAGCGGCGGUCUGUGCAACAAACGUUGCGAGGAUUUCGCGAACGAUGAUAUUCAGGACGAUAUCCAAUGCGCCGUGAAGAUCAUGAACGUGGACGGUCUCAAAGCGUGGAGCGGUUGGAUGAAGGACUGCAAGAACAAGCCAUUGCCAAGCUACGCUGACUGUAAAUUACAAUCGUUAGUGAACAAAUUGGAGGAGCCUCGUGAAUCAGUAUAACGAUAAGAAUAAUGACUGUCGUUACUCAUCGCGUGGUUCACGAAAUUCCUUACCCAUUCUGUUAUGGUUACUUAACUUACUUUAUACUCAAUACGAUACAAGACUUAUUUUUGUUGACUGAUAUUAGUUAACGAUAGGUUGCGAUAUUGUCGAUGAAAGAAUGAAAUUUUACGAUGACCUGAGGAUAUGAUACGACGUUUGUAAAUGAGAUCAAAGUUCACGCGAAUGCGACGUAUAAUCGGUUCGUCGAAUAAAAGAUUGUUCACCUUUUUCUAUAUGUAUCUGAGCAUGUAUUGUGAGCGAGAAAUAUACAUUUCUGUAUUAAUCAUA